AUGGUAAGAGAAGCGUCGUACACCAAGGCUUUCGUUGUGAGGUUCUGGGUGAGCAUCGUUAGCAAAGCUUCUCAAGCAAGAGUCGAACUGCAAGCAUACACCAAUAGGCUCGGUGACGGGCUUGUUGUCGGGUUCUCGGACGGAAGUGGUGGGGUCUGGAGGUUUGGUGUCUACGUACCCACGCCAUUGACAGCGAUAUGGACGCUGUGCAAGGCGCAAAGUACCUCUUCGUAUUUGUAG